AUGGGUGUGGCGACUAACAUGUACACUAUCCUGUACAUCAAAGGCAAGAAGCACAUGUCAGCCGCCGAGGUGGAGCACACCUAGAACAGCUUUUAUAAGGGUGACAACUUCCUCCUGGACCUGGACAAGGUGAUGAUCCAGUGGAAUGAACCCAGUAUCAGCAUUUCCAAGAAGGCACAGGUCAGUAGGCUGGCCCUGAUCUGCAGCUUCCAGCACAGGGAGCAUGGUGGUCAUGCACAGACUGGUGUGGUGGAUGAUGAGGUCAAAGCCGCUGACCUCGUGCAGAUCAUGGAAGUUGUGCUGGGCUGCAGAACCCGCAACCUGCACACUUCCAUGCUCAACAAGAUUUCACAGCUGCAGAAGGCCAAAGUCCGCCUCUACCAGGAAGUCGAAACCUCAGCUCAGGGCCCCAGCCCCAUUGCCUUCGGCCUCUGGGAGGAGGACUGCUGCAUCCUGGACCCAGGGUUAGUUGCAGGAGUUGGGGGGAGGGGUGGGCUCAAGAUCUAUGCAUGGCAGGGACACAUAUCCAGCCUCCAAGAGAAGGCAGCUGCCUUCAGCUGGGCUCUGGUGAGACUGGGAGCCCUGUCUCAGAGGGACAUGGGAGAACACGGGGCGCUCCUGGGGUACUGGGGGCUCCCGGCCUGCCCUCAAAGCCAUAAUCCAGGUGAGUGGAUUCUUUUUAUGUGGCUACACGCGGAAAAGCUGCACAGCCAGCCCAAGCUAGGGGCCCUACUCAGGGUGGUGGACGACUGCUCCGGGAAGGUUGAGGUGUGGUUCGAGGACUUAUGAAGGCAGCCCAUGGACCCCGGGCAUCAUAAUCAGUUAUGUACAGGUAACUGCUACUUUAUCCUCUACACAUAUCAGAAGAUGAGCUGCAUCCAGUACAUCCUGUACCUGUAGCAACUGCACCUGGCCCUCACCACCCCCACCUGCAGGGCCACCGCACAGGAGAUCACGGGCCUGAACUGCAAUGCUGAGGAGCUGGGCCUCCUGUGCCAUGACGCGCUGGGGCAGGGUCAUGUAACCACGGGCAGCGAGCCCCCUCACUUCCGCAUUCUCCAGGGCCAGCUGGUGGUCUCUUGGGGCACCGACAGCUACAAUACUGAGACCAACUCCAGUGGCAUCAUCUUGCUGGUCACAGCUGGCAUCUGCUACCUCUGGCUUGCGACAAUGGUGUUCUCUGUCAUCUCUGGGAAGAACAAAGGAACCGCGGUGGAGGGUCAAGCAGGUCCUUGCCUCUCAGAGGCCCAGGGACCAGCUCCCUACCCCAGCGACAGGAGGAUCCCUGAGGAUGUCACCAGCUCCCAGCCAUGACUGUUUGAGUGCUUCAGCCAGUAGGGCUACCUGGUCCCCACGGAGGUGGUGCUCUAAGAGGACCUGGACAAGUAUGUUUUGUUACUGGACAUGUCAUGUUACUGGGUCUUCCUGUGGCUCAGGGAAGCUGUAAGUGUGUGGAAGAAGGAGGUGAUGGCCUGGGGCCAGGAGUACCUGCAGACCCCAUCCAGCCGGAGAAGCAUAGCUACGCCCAAUGUGCUGGUCAGGCAGGACCACGAGCCUCCCACCUUCACCAGAUGCCUCCUCAACUGGGACCCCUACAAGUGUACUGUGAGUGAGGUCAACAACCAGUCCUAUGAGGUGGUGGUGGAGGCCAGCCUGGGAGCUGAGAUAACCGCAAUGAGUACUGGGGCCUCCUGGGCCUCCCCUGGGGUCUGGGCUCAGUUGGCCCAGCCCAGAUGGGCAGAACAGACAGGGAAGGAGCCAGACCCUGUCCCUUCGCUGGAAAGUAAGUCAACAACAUCCCAAUGGCCAAGCCAUGGCAGGGCAGGCCCCUUGACCCUACAGGCCACCAAGGGCUCCCAGCACAGUUCUGAGACCCAGCUGGAGCCGGGCCCCAGCAGCCCCAGGUCUGUGGACAUGAGGGGCCUGCCCCAGGAACAGCUGAUGCACCAGGCCGAGGAGGACCUGCUGGAGGGUGUGGAACCGGCCCACAGGAGGUGGGUAUCUCUCUCAGACUCUGACUUCCAAGGUAUCUUAGGGAAGUCCAAGGAGGAAUACAGUAUGGCCAAGUGGAAGCAACAGUGGGAGAAAAGGCAGCCUGGCUUCUUCUGGCCCUGCCAGGGCUCCCACAGAGCCACGAUCCCUGUGAGGGCCUACCCACACAUACCUGAGCCCCUGAGGAGCCCCCACCUGCCGGCCCUGGUCAGAAGGGCCAGGGUCACCAGCACCGCCUUGGCCACUGGGGCCGGAGGGGGCAUCUGCAACACCCCAGAGAAGGACUGA